GUACGCGAGAAAUGGGUGCUUGCCUUACAACAGCCGGUCCGGACUUGUCGUUCUCAGGCGUUUAUGCAUGAGCACAAUUUCAGAAUAUUGCCAAACAAUCAUCUGUGCAAGAAUAAUGAGCACCUAAUAGAGUCGACGCUGCUUCCGGUUCCGGAAGACCUCAGCGGUCGAUGGAUUGAAUUGUUCAAGUCCCAGGAAGAGGAACGGCAUCGUUUGCGGCUGUCUCACCAGGUGCAGCGCGAGCGGUUGAUAAUGGCGUGUGAAAGCGAGGCUCUGCGAACUUAUGAUCGGUUGCACGGAGCUUCGCCUGCACCACCUUUCUCGGUUAUGCGUUUUCUGCGCGACUCUGAUAUCUACAACCCACAACAGCUUAUCCGGGCUGUACCAUUUUCGCUCGUCGCAAACCAAGAAGGACGCGAUGGUGCUGAUUCUCCGUUAUCGAUCGGUGAUGUUGUAAAGAAGUUUUCCAAGCGAAAGCAAGAAAUGAUAGCUCAUCAGCUGUGCGAGGCGCAGUGCAUGUACGCGAUGCAGAUUGAAAGCUGGACGAACAAAACGAAACCUUGGGAAGGCUGGCACUCGUUCGCAACGGCUAAUGGGAAGCCGUCUCGUUUCCACGUAUAUAUGGUCGAUGUGGUUGAAAAUUUUGAUCUGCUGCCUAAAUCGUUCCUCGCCCUUACGCAGACCACACCGACGACGCGUACUCCUGAAGUGACGUGA